AUGGCUCUGCUGGAAUGCCAGGAGUCGUCCGGCGCAUUGCCCACUCUGGAUGCGCUGUUGAGUGACUUCAAGGCAGGAUUUGACUGCAAUCAGGCAAAACUGUCUGUCUUGCCGCAGCAAGCUACACUCACUGUGUCAGGCAAUGUGAAGUUUGAGCUUCCUGAAGCUACAGUCCACCGUGGUCACGUUCUACUGCAGGAAUUUGUGAUCGGCGCUGCAGGCAAAGUAGACCGUCUUGGAGCCGAGCUGACUGCUUGCAAGCGCAGGGUGGCCGAUCUCGAGCAGCAGAAACGCGAUGCUUCCCACGCCAUGUCCUCGGCAGCAUCAACAAGCGCUAUGUAUGAGCCAGAGCUGAAGAAAGCCAAGACGGGACCGAAAAUGAAACGACAGGAAGGCAGGAGCUUGCUCAACCCGAGCAGUCGGAAACGAAAGGCAGCCAGUGGUGUGGUGUUUGAUGAAGAAUAG